AUGUCUGUUCAUCCUACUGCAGACGUCAAGACGAAUCUGGGCGCCAUCCUCCUCGGAGCGCUGAUCUCCAUGGCCCUUUCUGGUGUAGUGGCCACGCAAGUGUUCUUUUACUUCCGUGUGUACAGUAAGGAUAAGCACAGCAUGAAGCUACUUGUCCUACUGGUAUGGGUCAUGGACGCCACACACUCCGCUCUCAUCUCCGCCGCGAUAUGGAAGUACUUUGCGCUUGGAUAUGGGGAUUUUGGACAGACAGAUCACAUCAGCCCGGAGAUUGCGCUUACAGUCGCGUUCACGGCGUUGAUCACUUUCGUCGUGCAUAUGUUCUUCUCAUAUCGAGUAUACAAGCUGAGCAAGUCCAACUGGUGGUGUACCGGGCCUAUCGUUGCACUUGCACUCGGCCGCCUCAUCGCGGCUAUCGUAUCUACGUACGAGAUGGGCACAUUGAAGAGCUAUAGCGGCUUCGUGGAGAAAGUUGGAUGGGUGUUCACGCUUGGGCUGUCGCUUUCUUCAGCGCUAGACGUUUUGAUUGCCGCUGCUAUGUGCUACUACCUCCAGCAAAGUCGAACAGGCUUUGAGGGCAUGGAUCACAUUAUCGACAUCUUACUUUUGUAUACUUUCAACAACGGCGCUUUGACCAGCAUCGUGACAAUCGCUACGUUGAUAUGCUGGCUAGCUAUGCAGACCAACCUAGUCUUCUUCGGCAUUCACUUCUCCAUCGCCAAAUUGUAUGGCGUUUCACUACUUAUCACGCUCAACACACGCAUCUCCAUCCGCGAGCGCGCCACUCGCUCCGACGGCAGUUCGCAUCAACUCCCCGUACGCUUCCCCAGCUCACUCACCGGGCGCCGCACGCGCUCCGUCGUGACCCGCUUCCCCACGGGACAAAGUCGAUCCAACGGCGAUCCGACGACCACGAAGAUCUCAAUCAACGUGGAGAAGACCAUUCACUUUGACGUUGACACCGUGGACGGCGUGGAGCUCACGAAUACUGUGGAGCAGGAGCAUGAGGGUGGGCGAGUGCGGCCGAGCUCUAGCGGGACCAGCAAGUCGCCUACGUCUGCUAGCCAUCUCGAGUAUCAGCCCAGCCCACUUGAUCUUGAGUACCAGCGAUGA